AUGGCCCGGGCCAGCCCGACCAGCGCCAUGCUGCGGCUUGGACUGCUGGCCUUAGUCGGGCUGCUGAGUGCAUCGAUACCCAGCCAGGCUACUCAAGUCAUCUCCUGCACCGACACUCCCGCCGCCUGUCAAGCUGGCAUGCCUCAAGCCGCGGUCAUGGAGCAGGGUAGCCUGCACUUGAGCAUUGAGCGACCGGCUUGGACCCAAAAAGUUUCAUCUGCCGUGCAACUCGCGGCUCGCGCCAAGUGGACGGACGGUGCUACUAGUCAUUGGCUCGACUUAAAUGGCGUGCACACGAGCCACGGCGAGGCGGCAGCCUGCAACGUGAGCCAACAAGGCAACACGACAAUCACAACCGCUGCCCUCAAUCUGGCCACACUUACCACCAACGUGACUCAUGUCGCGGGUGUCACGUCUGUCUAUGAUUACCACAUCGAGACCACGAUACCCGACGCCCUCGUGGGCAUUAACGACGAGGGCGCGGACCUAACCCUUGCAGACCUUACGCCGUUGGAGCAAACGACCCACCUUCUCACCGAACUGACCACAGAUCUCGCUUCUAGUAUCACCCUGCCCCCCACUCCCACAAUAGCGGAAAUGGCCCAAGCUGUACAACCUUGCGCCGAAAGCGAUAUCUGUUUUCGAGAGACAUCUCUGACCGGGCUUCGCGCUGCAUCAAACAUCAACGAUGUUGCUUUGACGGUCCUCUUCAAACUUUCAGGUCCCGUCAACGUGACCAACGCCUGGUCUCUGGCCAGCCCUCUUCAAGCUGGCACCUGGCAAGCAGACGACUGGCCCAUCGUGUUCACCUCAAGCAGUAGCUCCUAUUCAACAGGCGAGUCUACCCCAACCUACACCACUAUGCCCGUUUCUGAGCGUGAUCUCACCCCUGUUAAUGUCAACGAUGCCACCUCAACCUUUGCACUUCAGUGUACCCUCUCCGACGCUUUGACAGACGAUGCCAUGAGCAAAGCGCAAUUAUUUGUGCCUCUGGACGCCAUGCUGGACGUCUCUGUUCGCGUGGAUCACCUUAUCGGUGCCAGCACCGCCAACACCACCUGGCACGCUUGGCACGCGACCAGUCAAACGGCAGUCCAUCGCAUUGACACCAGCGAAGCGACUGCCCCCACCCUUGAGGUAACUUGUGCAUCAACAUGUCCUCUAGCCAGAUCCACCUGGGUUGCCCUGGCGAACAUGCAAACCCAACUGGGCACGACAGGCCAGCCGGUGACCCUUGAACUCUCGUGGGACCCUACCUUGGACUUUGUGGCCCGUGUGCGACGUGCCGCCUUUUUUGAUGGACACACUCAAACUCAUGUCUACUGGCAAGAUGGUCUGCUUCGAACGGAGCGCUUCUUCCUGGACCUGUCGGAUGACACAGUUGCCCUUGAGCACGGAGCCCUUUUGCUUUCCGACUCGGAUGCAAACGUGUUGGAAGCAUUUGUCCUGUCUCAGCAUGUGUGGUCGAAGGCCAACGCUGCCAUUAGUGCCCCCGCAAGUUUAUUGGCAGGUGCAAGCCAGACCGCUACGCAAUUCAGUGGCUGGACCCUCACAGCUCUGGAGACCAGCAAUGGUCCGGAGCAAUGCCGUGUCUGUGCUGAUUUAAGCACGGGUCCUUGUCUCGCUGCCUCGCAUGCCACCUGGCCCUGGCAGUCUACCCCGACGUGCAAGAGCCAGCGCUGGUGCCGACCAUGUUCGGACAACAUCUGGACAGUAGAGCGUCAGCAGAUUGUCGUCUCCAGCACCGUUUGCGGCACCUUGGAAUCCGUCAACCAGAGUCACCUGGACCUGUCCCUGACACAUUGUGAUGGUACGACACCCCUGACCUGGGCUCUUUUGGGGUCCACCUUGCAAGCUCACACGCCAUGGAGCUUGGCGCUACAAGCCAUGUGGGCCUCUGCCAGUCUACCCAGUGUUCGCCGUGUAACCUUGCACCUCAUGGAGAUGGAUGAUGCGUCCAACCUACUGGCUGUGACCCCGACCUGGGUCCUCAACGCCGAGCAAUGUCCCGAGUCUUGGGAGCUGCAACGGGCACGUCAAGGCGCGCUCUGGCCAAUUUCUGGUGCAAUCUGUGUUCAGAACCAAACGUGGGCUGUCACAACCAGCGGGGAAUUGGAUCUGUCUCAUGGUGCUAUGGCGUUGGGCUUGGCAGCUGCCACUGACGCCAGAUUGACCUUGGGCGAUAGUUCUGUUCCUUGGCAUUCAGCGCGCAUCAUCCGAUCCCUGACUGGCUAUGAGCUAGCCGCGCUCAAACUGGCCCCUCAAGACGAGCCCCAGUACAUGCACGUGCGAGUGGCUAACGACCACACGUGGCAUGUGGUUGAACUAAGCAUGCUUUCUGCCAACCCUCUGAGCCAAGUCCUCAACCAGGUUGCCGGUCGAGCGAGCACGCCUUUUGCUCCUGAAAGGACCUCGCCUAGCCUUUGUCUUUUAAACUCGGCUUUUGCUGCAAGCAUUGCAUCAUCCGACUGUGUUGUUGCCUUGGAGCAUGUCUUUUCUGUCAGCGACGGCUGGAUGUCCACCCAGCAGACAACCCUCAACCUUGCAGGUCUUGACUCUGGCUUUCCUGCCCUUGACGUCUACGCAGCUGGUACCAGUCACGUAGGACUCGUUGGGUCAGAUGCGCGUCUCCCAGCCUCGGACAGCGUAUCCGAGGGCAAACUUGUUACCCGCGGCGUUCGCCGCAACAACGGCGUGCUCUUCGAUGCGCCUGCCACUGCUUGUGGGAUUGACCUGGUCGCCCCCAUGUCCUGGCAAAUCACAACGCGCAAGUCAUGGACUGUGGCAGAGGGCACUGCGAUGCUGGUUUCCCCCGCUAUGGAUGCCGCAACCAGCGUCUUGUUACCCAAUUGGGAGGCUGAUGUGGCGCCGCGCUUGUCAGCAACUUGCCGCGAUAUCGUUCUGGCACAUGUGGAAAGCGUAGCUUGGGCUGAGGCAAGCACGACAACUAUGCAUCAAAAUGAUGACAACACCAUCGUCAAGCUGGAGCAGAGUGGCACUUUGAUUGAAGUCCAUUUGAUCACCGAUCCGUGCACACUGGUCAGUGUCACGCAAACGACAGCCGCUACUGACAGCACCUUGGCGCGUAUUUCGACUGUGAGUGGAAACGAGGCAGGGCCCCAUCUGCAGCUCGCUCGCGGCUGUGCCACGGGCAAUCGCUUGAGCAACGGAAUUUCUGUGAACACAUGCGCGACUUCCACCCUCGAUGACGUGCUUGCUGCAGUUGCACCCAAUGCUGCCCUGCCCUGGGCCUCGCUGCUCCAGACGCACGCGGGUGUCGUUCCGUCGGAGGUGGAGACCUUGGUUCUGUACAACGACUCUUGGUUUGCUACCGAGGGCUGUUGGGUCGAUGGUCGCCCCUUUACAGUCGCUUUCGCCGCCCCAGCAGCCGCAAUGGCGGCGCCUCCGCCCUCCGGUUUGGAUGCGCGAAUUACAUGGGGCGGCGUGUCCGGAGUCAUUGCUGCUUAUAGCGCCGCCGUUGUGGAAGCCGAUUUGCACUACGCUGGAGUGACGGGAUUUGGCGCCGAGUGUACGCUGAGCACCAUUUCUGGCAACGUGCAUUGCGAGGCUCCGGCAGCCGUGGCUGCUACGCGGACCAUCAACGAGCUACGCACGGACCUACCCCCUUCCAAUGCACCGGCAUUUGACACCCUGCCCUUUUCAAGCCUGCGGCAAGUCGAGCUGCUGCAAAUUCCCAGUGCAGAGAAGGUUGAUGGCCUACGCCAUGAAACUUGGACCGUAUCUGGCACGGUCUCAGCCGCUCAGCUGUGUAUCAAGGGAUCUCGUGCUUGCUGGCCCUGCAGUGGCUGUCAAGCCCGCGUGACAAGUGAGACGCUGGGGUCGGCUGUUUUGGCCACGAGAAUUGACAUUGAGCGCACCACACAUCCCACAGUACAGAUCACUCGGCGCGAGGGAGGCAAUGCCACGCUCUUGCUCGGUGGCCGACCCGGUGUAUCUUUGCCUUUGGGCUUUGAGACGGCUUGGAAUCCCCUGGCCGUAGAUGCAUCGCUAGCUGGCGUCAAUCAUUCCACCAGUUUGGCAUCAAGCGCAGCUGAGCUGCUGCCUGCCCACGUCUAUGCUGCUUUGGGUCGUGAUGCAGACAAUAUUUGGCUUGCUGAGCUCAACUACUCGGGCAUGCCCGCCCUGUUGGUCAAUACGCUUUCAGCGCCUGCUAUAGCAGGUUUCUUGACAUCAGUGCGACUAGAGUGUUUGCGCCCAACGACCUCAACGACGGUGACGGCCCAGCGCGUAAGCUACCAACUAUGGGUAGCACCGUCCGGUUUGCUUGUGCAUGGCCAGCGCGUGGUGCAGCCCGCGCAUGGCACUGGCCAGAUCACCUCUGCUCAACGACUGAUUUCUGAUGGUGCCUGGGAGGACGACGACGCUGCCCUACAAUGCACGCUGCGUUGGGCGGAUACACCGUUCAGUCCCGUGACGCUCGUCAUGCCCGCGGCUAUGGAAACGGCGGAGACUUUCGUUGCAUCCACUGCGCGUGCUAGCUUCCUUGGCUGGACGCUGGUGUGCCGUGAUGCCAUGUCCGUCAUCACGCGCUGGAACCUGCCGACACCAGCCGAUCGUGCAGCCUGGCUGGAUCCGAUCCGUCUGGCACAUGGAAGCACUUUGACGGAUAUGACAGAGGCCUACACCACUAUUAUGGAUGCGCUUGAUGCCAUGCAUACGAUGCACGACGGUCCAUUCGUGGUCAACUCGGCCCUCAUCACCGGAUUCAAUGGCUUGCGCCCCCGCCUGAGCAACGCGGCAUGGGAAACCUGGUCUGCCGAUGUGUUGGUGGAUGGUGGACUCGAUUGGCGGGGGGUCACCGUGUCCCAUUGUGCUCUGAAGCUGACUCACAUCAACGCCAUGACCGCUGCACGCGUGGAGUGUGCUUUGCCCUUGGCUGGCCACGCCAAAGUAUCUCUGACCGUGACUUUGGAUGCUGAGCGGCAGCUUAUUGGCACGCACACACGCAUUGCUGUGAGGCAUGCCCCAUUAGACUGGCCGUCUUAUGAUUCUGAAAUCAGGAUGAUAGUUGCCGCACUUGCUGAAAACGCGCCUGCACCUGGAACCUUAAAUAGCAACACCAAGUUUGUGGACUACACCCUCGAGGCACCCAGUCAAGGCAAUGUCUGGGAACACGUUUGCAACAUUGCAAACGAGGAGCUAUACUGCCAGACGACUUCUGAGAUUUCGAAAAGACUCUCCGUGACCAACGGGCUGUGCACGCUACACCAGAGUCUUAUGGCAUGGCACUACGCUCCACGUGCCGCCGCCUCAACCAUGGCGGCUUGGCCUUAUUCGAUUCAUGCUUACCAGCUCAUUGGCCCGGUAAACGCGGCGAUCGCAGCGCACUACCCCGUGACACCUGACCUCUUUGCCCUUUCUCCCACUGCUCUCGCCGAGGCUACCGCCUCUGCCUCCGUUAAUACAAGGACGAUAGCCUUGGCCGGGGCCACAUCCACCAUGGAAGUCCGCGUUGUUAAACGUCACACUGAUGCAUUCGGCAACGCACACGCAGAUACGGGCCUGGUUUUGCGCAACAUAAAGUGGGAUCGCUACGGCGACACGAUCUCAGGCAAGGCUCAAAGCGCCAUUGGCUCAGCUCAAUUCACAUACAAGCCACUGGACUCCACUGUACGCGUGAUCCUGCAACCGCCGAGCUCCAUGGCCCUGAUUUAUCAUGGCGCCGUCGUCUCAGCUACAGACCACGGUGUCACGGCGUAUUCCUCUCGAGUUUUGGCAAGCUCUGCUACCCAAAAGUACUACUCUUUGAACAAUGCAUCCAAGGUGCUUCUAAGCCAGGCUCUGUUGACAGAGCUCAAGCACGCGGCGGAUGAUGCUUUUCUCCAUCCCAUUUUGGAGGGAACUGUGCUUGUGUGGUCUGCCAACGCCACCUACUCCGUUCCCGCCGCUACCGUUCAUGAAGUGCGCGUUGAGGCCGUACGGCCUGCAGGUUGGGAGCUCAUCCUUAAUGGCGUUGCCUUUGAUUUGGGAGCUGCACUCGUCACACUGCAUAUUAAUGCAAGCGAGCUCACCGAGACGGUUCAAGCCGACGUUUGGUUGGCAGGCACGCGCUACACGGCCACGACCAUCUCCAAGAAGGCUCGUGGCAGCAAUGAAGCAACAGGAGUCACCAUGGAAUUAUCGCAGGCUGAGCCGCGCGUUUGCACCAACCGCACCCUCGAUGCCAUCUAUGACGCCCUUCAGCAAGACGUGCGAACCAUUCUAGACGAAAUAGAUCUGGACCUCAUCGGAUCGGCGUGCCUUCAAUCAAUGGCGGCAACAUGCUAUGAGCAUCCCCAGGACGGUGCAUGCAACUUUGUGGAUGUCAACCUGACCGUGCAGAGUCAAAGUCCGGUGCAACUCUGGGGUCUUCAACUCGAGGCAUGGCAGCUGCAACUGCGCAUUGUCAAUGACACGGAUUACUACUCAGCCCUGCUCACUGGCCAUGCUGGCCCCGUGGCGUAUGAGCUUGCCGUCGGUAAUGGAACAGUAAUCUGGCGUCGUGCCAGUGUGCGGGGCAUUACCCUGGACAAUUGGCACGACAGCCCCUGGCCGCUGCUCUUGGCAACUGAACCGCACGCGGCGUGGCCUCGGGUGCGCGAGCUGGGCGGCUGGGGUAUUCACGCCAACGCCACCGAUUUUGUGCUAGCUGCCAGUCAGACUACUGGGGGCGAUAAUACAAGUCUUGUUGUGCGCCCGGCCCUCAUGGCGUCAUGGCUGGAUUGCACGGCUCAAGUGGAUUUGGUGCAAAACAGCAAGGUCCUAUCCUCGCAGCACGCUUCACCACCUGGAGUAACGAGACGUGGAAAUUGGAGGCAUUUGACGCCCCAUUGUCGAUCCCGCGGCUACCGGCACGAGUGGCUGCAGGCCUGCUUGAUGAGCACGCCGCUGUGUAUCAAUACUGGAACGUGGUGGAUCGAGACCAGUUGCUCGUCCAGUGCUGUAGAUCGAUUUGCCAACGCGACUCGCGUCGUGGGCACGCUACAUGCGCAGAUGGCUAGUCUGCCCGCUUUGCCUUUUUUUACUGCCGGCGUUAAAGCAAGCGUAUUCACCAACACGGCGUCGGAGGCAUACGACCCGGCCACCAUGGUUGCUGAACCGGUGGGUGACACCAGCCGUCUGCAUGUCGAGGGCACAGAUCCUGCUUCCGGCAUGACCGUAGAUCUGUGGGAUUGUUCCACUCCACACUGCGACAAUAACAUCCCCCUGACACGAGAGCUUCUGCAUGGUCGCACAGUGGACGCCAAGACUCUGGAUGAUCUGAGCUGCUCCAGCGCGGCAUUUGUAGCCAUUCGCAACCUACCCACGCCCCUGGCGCCCGCGGAUUUGGAUUUUAACAUCUUUUUACCGGAAGAUCGCGCUUGCACCGAGCAGGUGACCAAGACAGACACAUGUAUAGGCUGGUCUGCCUAUCCCUGGAUCCUCGCCGAUGAGGAUAUGGAUGGCCCUUGCAUGCGAGAUGUCGUGGGCAACUGGUGUUUUGCCUUGUCCGGCGCCGGGACUGUGGCCUCGCCCGUGCUGCCCUCCGCCGCUACAAAUGCCGUCGUUGCCUCUGACGACAACAGCACAUUGACAGUGACAAUUGAGCAUGCCAACUUGCGCGACGAUACGCUGAUUGCACUGUUGCUUGGUCUCAACACGAUUGACAGUGAAUCGCUGACGGUAGUACUGGACGCGCCAGAAGACAUUUUGUCCACGCAGCAGCUGGUGGCUCGCCUGCAGGCAGACACCCUGGGCCCACGGACCGUGCUCUUGCACAACGCGCGCACAUGUAUGCAAGAGACCGUCGUGGUGGCCGCCACUGCGCUGCCAGCCUAUGCUCCGGAUCGAAUUGAGAGAAACGCGGGUGCUGACCUGCAUCUGCGUCGCGCCAACCAUGCCCUGUUGACAAAGGCCGAAUUGGAUGCCGCUGCACAAAGCAAAACUCUAGAAACAGUGCAUAUUUGGACGACUGUGAGCCACUCUGAAGCUGCCUCUGACGUCGGCGCACUGGCCACCCGCUUGAUCGUGCGCGGCGCCGCUAUCGCACGCGUCGUAGUCUAUGGACGCAGCAACUGCAACAGCUCGUGCCAGGCCGGCCAACUCGACUACACCUUCAAUGCUGACGGUACCGUGACCAUCAGCCCAAUUGAUGCCGCGUCGACCCCCUCCGCCUCCGCUAACGUGGCCCUGACGCUUGCCGUGCCUGCGGCUCUCGUCCCUGGCCCCUUCAGUGACGUGGUGCGGCUCGGUAACACGUCUGUAGCACGGCCGUGGACAGCGCCCCUUCCCACACUCCUUUUGGGUGGAAGCCUCGAGAGCAUUUCCUCAUUUCAGCCCUUGCAAGCUCGUUUGACUGAGCUUGACUUGGAUGGCUUUGCUUUUGAGAAUUGGCGCUGGGAAUUGUUGCAGCAAAAGACCGCUGCAUUCUUGCGCUUCCAGGCAAAAAUGCCUGGCCCGAGCGCAACGGUGUACUUCUACUUUACGGCGGACGAGUAUCUCUACAAUAACGUGACCAAGCCUGUGGCUGGGGCUUACGGUUGGGGUUCCGUUGAUGUCGGAGCCACAUAUUGCUUAGACGUGCGAACGGACACCACACCUGAUUGCGCCGCCAAGCUGGACAUGGUGUUGGACUUUGCUCCCGCGCUGCCGCUGUCGCGAGCACGUAACUUGAGCCUUGCGGUCGAUGCCCUGGCCAGCUUGAACGGAACUGUUCUCAGCUCGCUUUCAGGCCGGGCGAACGAUACAGAUGUGCUGUCCCUUGUGCGAGCCACGCGCACUCACAACGUCUGGCGGCCCUCGGAUCGAAUCACCACGCCACAAAUUGUAGAUUUGACAUUUACCGAGCCUGCACCUCUUUUCCCCGCCCCGAGCGUUGGGGCGCCAGAAUCAGCUACCAAGACCUACAUCAUGCCCGCAGAAUCGUCCCUGAUGGCCAAACGCACAAUUGAGCGAGAGGGCCAGGCCGGUGUUAACGCCUACACGCUUGAGGGAGCCUGGCGCCUGGGCAUCAAUCAAACCUUCGCAGGCCAGCAGAUGUUGCGAUAUGUGGAUGUCACCUACGCGGCAGUGGAAAAGUUCAACGUGAGCACGGGUCUGCCUGAGUCCGUCAACGUUAUCCAUGCCACCUGCGAUCGUCAGAUUGACAUUCCAGCAACGGAAUACUGCCCGGCCGCUUCCGUGUCGGCCUGUGCCAGCAACUUAACCUUUGCCACCGCGUACCGCAUGCUGUCUGGUGCCGAGUUGGCAGACCAGGAGGCAGCCAGCUUACCAAUUGCUGAUCUUACCAUUAUCAAAGAAUCCUCUACAAAUUCCAACGUCCGCGUGCCGGAAAACUCGGAUCAAUCCUGGAUGCACCACCAUCUUGAUGACUUGCAGAUUGUGUACAAUCAAGAAGCGCAGCGUUUGGAAGAGGCCACGAUGACACGGACAUACACUCACACACGGGGCGCCUGUCCGAUCACCAACGCUGCUAAUGUUGCUGGCGUGAUCGACCCGAUCCAGUGGUCCCCUGGCAUCAUGUUUUGCAAAUGGACUCCACCAGAGGAUUGCCAGGGCUUUGCCUGUGAGCCAACGGUUGAGGAUUGCUUUGCCAGCAGCAGCUUUGCCUGGUAUUGCGAGGCAGGCUUUACCAUCACGGGCCAUAUGCGCUAUGUACAAGCCUCUGACUCAUAUGAAUGGAAGUAUUCGGCCUCGGGCCGUUGUAAUCAAUGCCUCACGGCAUCCGGCUGCACUUUCACUAAGUUGACCAGCGCCACCUCGGGCAAGCUGGUCUGGCCGGCAUCCGCCUCAAGCAUCUAUGCCGCUCCGCGCAUCUUGCUCAUGCAGAACAUAACUUUUGACACCAAGCUGGUCCUAUCCACGGGGUCGCGCGUGACGAUGAACCAGUACAACAACCCAAGCACCUUUGACUCUUCGUGGCGUUCACUCGACUAUACCACCGGCAGUAAGAACAACGGUUUCAGCAAGGGAUCGGCACUUUUCAGCCCGUCCAACGUGAUGAACACCAUCAAAAGCUCGGCGUUGAAAGUGAGCGCCGACUUGAUUCAGGUACCAACGGUGACCUUUGAUCUGCGCUUGGAUCUGACCGAAGCCGUAUCUUUCAGACCCAACCAUUAUCGAGUGGAGAUUCAAGGCCGAGUGUUGAUGCCGAGUCAGGGAGAGCUUAUGUGGAAAUAUGCCAAUGUGGACACUUCUUGUGAAACCGACGUUUAUCGGUUUGGGGCAUAUGGCAGUGAAAACCCUGCUCUUGACGGCGUUGAAAAUAUGCAACGCGUAUAUGUUCGCAACGUUGAGUUUGUCAACCAGUAUAAAUGGCGCUGGAUCCGCGCGCGAGUGUGCGUGGGUUACUACAACACUGUCGAUAAUAUUAGCGAAAAUGAAAAUUGUUCCCCCUUUUUCGACCCUGCGGUGCCAUUCAUGUACAAGCGUGUCAAGGGUGCCGCAAUCAGCCUGAGUAGCGAUUACAACAACUUUUACGUUGGCUACCAAGGCGACGCUGACUCUACUGCGGGCAAGCUGUUGUCCAAGGAAUCGGGCAUUCUCACGCGCAUUGUCCCCAUUGAUGUUGACGGGCGCAAAGCCAACUUUCUGGUUUCGGUUGCACAAAUGGAUCCUGUUGUUGUAUUUGUGGACCCUUCUAACCCAGAGCGGAAGACGGCCAAGGUUCGCUUGGAGGCCAAGCAUUUUAGCGUCACGUUCGUGAGUGGCGAACGCUCAAUUGCGGAAGCAAACAAGGAUGCCGUGGAUCAUUUUGAGUUUGGUGAUGGCCGUAAGUUAAAACUCGAAGAAUUUGAAAAGCUGAAGGAUCCCACGGGAAAGUACUACGAGCUGACAUUUUCAACGCCCGGGCAGUAUGCCAUGUGGUAUGGUAGCCUCUUCUUUUGUGAGGUGUUUGUUGCGCACGUGACACACACCAUUGCAGACACCGUCGUGACAUACGAUGGCUUCUUUCCACUGCCCUUGGCUCGAAGCACUGCCAUGCCAACUACGUCCUUAUCGCUGCCCAAGAGCAGCGUCUUUUAUCGGCUGUUUGACUCGGCGUCUACAUUCUUUGCCUCACCCAUUCACAAAUGCCAGAUUGAGACGGCAACGGAAAACUUGACGAUCAACGGUCUGCUGAUGCCCGAGUAUGCGACCGCCGGCGUGGCCAAAACUCCCUUUGAGUACACUUUCCAGUGUGACACCACGGAUGAGGACAAGGCACCCCAGAGCGCACGUGCUCAAAUGCAGCUGCAAGUAUCCUGCAACAAUGAUUACUCAGAUCAAGAAUCUUGCACUACCCCAAGUAGUUGGCUCAGCAUGUUGGCGGACCCUUUCCUGACGCCGGCACAUGGCUUGUCACGAACAGACAGCUUUUACGCUUUUCAGGAAGUGGAUCGCAAAAUCAAGUCGUACAACCAGAAUAUAGCCUGCAGCUUUAAGCGCCAGAAAAAGUACCAUGCCAUGAAGCAACUCACCACCACGCCAUCGCACACGCUGUACAAGGCCUAUCUGGAGGAUGCCAAGACCGAUUAUACCAAGUUUGAGAUUCCGACUGGUCUUUUCUACUGCAAAAAGGCCAAGGAUUUGCGUGCCAAGGUUGUAAAGCGCCUGCAAGAGAUGGAGGAGAAAAAGUGCAAGGCGCUGGGCAGCAAGCGCAGCGCCUUGCAGAAUGAAGUACUGAAGCAAGCCAUCAAGGUUUGCUUUGGGGACUGCGGUAUGAACGUACUGUCGGACACGCGACGCGAGAAUGCUUGCCGCGACGUAGCAAUUCUGAGCCCCAGUUUGCUCAAGGUAGCCCCGCUGGCUCGUCCAACGACCAAAACCUGCGAUCCUUGUGCCGCUUUUCUGGGCUACGACACCAAAACCAAGCUGAGUGAGAAGAAGUGCCGGGCGUUGUCUGGCUGCACGUGGCGCUCAAGCGGCAUGUGUGAGCACAAAAGCAAAAGCUACCUCUGCAGCCGCAAUGCUCAACCUUCAACCACCGACGUAGAUCGAUACCAGGAACUUUUGCCUGCCUUUUAUCGAUACAGGGCGGAUGCCAGUUCGCUGUCGUUCCGCCUGCCCCGCCGUCGCAUGCACAUUCACCCCAAUCCUUGGAACGAUAACAUGAAGUACCUCUGCUACAGCACCAAAUACACCAAGCAAAAAACGGGAAGCGGUUACCUCAAGCCUGAGGAUACCACGCAGUUGAUGUAUGAUCUGCCCGGCACCACGUCCAGUUUUGACUAUUGUGUGCUCGACACGGAUUUUAUGUUUUCGUAUGAAACGAACUUGCAGGAGAAGGUGAACGGCAAGCACAUUUAUCGGUCGUUUUGGAACCGGGCGCCCAUUGUGCCCCCGCUAAUGGAAGCCUUUGCCAUGGACAUCUCGCGGCCCAUCGUUUACCUCUGGUCGUUUUCCCACAAGGAGUUUGAGCUGAUGUUGGAUCAGGAGCGCUCUGUGCUCAACGCACUCGCCGUUCACAACACGAACAUCCAGCACAUCAACAUCAUGAUCUUCCCCAAGGGUGUCACAAGCUUGAUCAGCACGUCCAAGAAGAGCGACUGGUCGUGUCAGCAAUACUUGGCCGCGGUGGAGGCCAACCUCAACAAAAUGCGCCGUCUCGCAUGCGACCAGGCCUCGGAGUUGCCCAACUACACCGUGCGCAAGGAAUUGCCCAAGUGA